GGAAUAUGAAGGGAACUCGUGCUCUUCCCCUAAUUGAAAUUUCAUCCCUUAAAAGAACUCAGACACAUGACCUUACGUGCUCAAAUUAGGCUUUUAUGUGGUGAGAACAGAGUGAUGGCAUUGUAUUCUUUAUCCCCAUUUCGCAGCCGAAUUCAUUCUCAAUCUGCUCUCACCCCUCUUCCUGCCAUCCAUUUUCAUUCUAAGAAAGAAACCCAAAUUGCCCUAAAAAAUACAGGAAAAUUCUUUAACGAGGCAAAGACAAGGAUUGAUUUCAGAGCAGAGAGUGGAGGAGGAGAAACGAAAGAUGAAGAAUUGAGGGCGGGGUCGCCUGUAAUUGUGGUGGAAGCGCCUGCAAUGGUAAAGACAGCGGAGCCCAUGCCCAUGUUGCGCCGAAAUGAUGGAUAUAUCAAAGCAGGGGAUGUUGGCAGAAUUUUAGAGAGAAAGCCCAAGGAUGUAUGGGCGGUUCGGUUGGCCAGAGGAGCCUAUUUCCUUGAUAGAAAAUACUUCAAACCCUUAGAGAUGGAUGAUGAUCAGGAGAAGCUGAAAUAACCUGAACAUUAUCCUAAUUUAUAUUCUCAGUGCAAUUAGUAAAUUGAAUUAUGUAAGCGCUUGAUUCUAAAUUUUGGAGUAGAUUUAAGCAUUCCAUGUCAAGCGGCAAUAAUUUAAUUUUUUUGUAAGUUCUUAUCAAAUAUCUGGGGUUUGGAUUUAUAUUUAAAAAUGAAUUUAUAGAAAAUUGAAUAGGAGCCUACUUAGAUGUGCA